AUGAGACAAGGCCCUGACCUGAGAGGCGAUCAAAUCCCUUCAGAAAUACCAUCCGUACUCACCAAGAGAAUGUGCCUGAGCCAGGUCAAAGGAAUAUAUGAUCCACUGGGAUUGGUCGCACCCUUCACCAUCAAGGCGAAAAUACUACUAAGGAAGAUGUGGGGGAUAAAACUUGACUGGGAUGAUCCGAUGCCCGAAAACAUGAGGAAAGACUGGAUCGAGUUCUUUAAGGAGCUGUUUGAGUUUGCUGAUAUUACAUUCCAACGAUGCAUCAAACCAGAAGGAGUCGACUCACAGACAAAGCCAACCCUGAUUGUUUUUUCCGAUGGUUCUGAACAAGCAUUUGGGACGGUAGCCUACAUUCGCUGGAUGCUGAAUGAUGGCAGAUACGUAUCAAAUUUAGUAGCAAGCAAGAGCCGCAUUGCGCCCAUCGAAGUAGCCAGCUUUGUUAGACUAGAACUGAGUGGAGCUGUCCUCAACAAACGACUCACAUGCUUCAUCAAGAAAGAAAUGCGAUUACAGUUCGACAGAGAGUUUCACAUCGUCGACAGCGAGAUUGUGAGAUCGAUGAUUCAGAAACAGAGCUAUGGGUUUAAGACGUUCGUCGCUACCCGAAUUGGCGAAAUACAAGAGGCGACAGAACCAGAGGAUUGGUGGUGGUGUAAAGGUGAACUGAACGUUGCUGACCUGAUCACAAGAGGAAAAACUUCAUAUGAGAUUGGUCCCGAGAGCACAUGGCAGCGAGGGCCAACUUUUCUGCAACGACCCAUAGAAGAAUGGCCAAUCCAACAAAGCUGCUCAGAAGGCAACCUUCCAGAACGGGCCAAGAUUAUAAUGGUUGCCGAUGCACGAGAAGCCGAUACACUAGCCAACAGAAUUGAUGUCAGUAGAUACAGUAGCUACAACAAGCUCUUGAGGGUAACUGCCAGGAUUCUUGCCAUCUACGACAACAAGAACUUCUCCAGUGCGACCAAGGUCCUUUCCGCAGAAGAUAUACAGCGAGCAGAACUUUUCUGGAUCAAGGAGUGUCAGAAACCGAUAAUGAAGACACUGAAUGACGACAAAGUGACUUUUGAUAAGAUGUACGCCAAACUGUGCCCCCAGGUCAGAGAUGAUGGCGUCAUUGUUGUGGGAGCCAGAGCAGGAAGAUACGUACACUUCAGCUACAACAAACAGGAAGUUCCCCUCCUUCUCUAUCGUCACCCUUUCUCCAAGCUGUAUGCUGUACAUGUACAUAAUAGAGGCCACCCAGGAGUUCAGACAACAGUCUCCAAGAUUCGUUCAAAAUUUUGGAUCAUCAAUCUAUACAAGAUGGCGAAGAGUAUCCGUCACCACUGUGUGCCUUGCAGAAGACAAGAGAAGGACAUGGUCGGUCAGAAGAUGGGAGAUCUACCGUUGGCGCGACUAAAGCCAUCACCACCCUGGAGCUAUGUUGGAGUAGAUUUGUUUGGGCCGUUCACAACUCGUGGAGAGGUCAAUAAGAGAGCUCGAGGCAAAGCGUAUGGCGUUAUCUUAAACUGUUUCACUACGCGAGCAGUGCACAUAGAUCUUGCAGUUGACUACAGCUCGACUGGAUUUCUACAAGUCCAUGCCAUCGGGAACCAGAUUCUUCAGUUUCAUGAGCUACAAACCGUUUUCUAUGAAGUAGCCAACCUAGUGAACGAGAGGCCGAUUGGAUGA